AUGUAUGCAUUGCCAUAUCUAGUGAAAUCUUGCAAUGUAAAUGUAAGCAUUGUCAUAUCUAAUGAAACCUGCAAUGUAAGCAUUCCCAUAUCUACUAAAUCCAGCAAUGUAAGCAAUGCCAUAUCUACUGAACCCUGUAAUGUAAGCAUUGCCAUAUCUACUGAACCCUACAAUGUAAGCAUUGCCAUAUCUAGUGAACGCCGCAAUGUAAGCAUUGCCAUAUCUACUAAAUCCUGCAAUGUAAGCCUUGCCAUAUCUACUAAAUCCUGCAAUGUAAGCCUUGCCAUAUGUACUAAACCCUGCAAUGUAAGCAUUGCCAUAUCUACUGAACCCUGCAAUGUAAGCAUUGCCAUAUCUACUGAACCCCGCAAUGUAAGCAUUGCCAUAUCUACUGAACCCUACAAUGUAAGCAUUGCCAUAUCUUCUAAACUCUGCAAUGUAAGCAUUGCCAUAUCUACUAAACCCUGCAAUGUAAGCAUUGCCAUAUCUACUAAACUCCGCAAUGUAAGCAUUGCCAUAUCUACUAAACCCUGCAAUGUAAGCAUUGCCAUAUCUACUAAACCCUGCAAUGUAAGCCUUGCCAUAUGUACUAAACCCUGCAAUGUAAGCAUUGCCAUAUUUACUAAACCCUGCAAUGUAAGCAUUGCCAUAUCUACUAAACCCUGCAAUGUAAGCAUUGCCAUAUCUACUGAACCCCGCAAUGUCAGCAUUGCCAUAUCUACUAAAUCCUGCAAUGUUAUCAUUGCCAUAACUACUAAACCCCGCAAUGUAAGCAUUGCCAUAUCUACUAAACUACGCAAUGUAAGCAUUGCCAUAUCUACUAAACCCUGCAAUUUAAGCAUUGCCAUAUCAAGUGAACCCCGCAAUGUAAGCAGUGCCAUAUUUACUAAACUCGGCAAUGUAUGCAUUGCCAUAUCUAGUGAAAUCUCACAAUGUAAAUGUAAGCAUUGCCAUAUCUAA